AUGCAUGGUCAGUUCGAUGUUGGAUCUUGGAUGUCAUGGUGGUGCUGGUGGUGGUGCUGGUGGGGCGUGCAGGCUUGUUCUGUGAAGACUGGCAACAACUACAACGAGUGCGGGGGUUCUUCCGAAGAUGAGCAGGAGACCAGGGACGUCGCCGGCCUGCCUUCCGGCGAGGGCAAGCAGCUGACGAGCCAGCUCCUGGACAAGUACAGCGGCUACCUGAGAAGCCUCUGGAGGGACCUCUCCGGGAAGAAGAAGAAGAAGAAGAAGAAGAAGAGCGGGAGGCUGCCGAGGGAGGCGUGCCAGAGGCUCCUGCACUGGUGGCAGCUGCACCAAGGAUGGCCCUACCCAUCGGAACCGGAGAAACUGGUGUUGGCGGAGUCGACCGGGCUCGACACGAGGCAGAUCAACAACUGGUUCGUUAACCAGAGGAAGCGGCACUGGAGGCCGGCGCCGCCCGCGAUGGGUAGCAGGUUGCAGCACAUCGACGCCGGUGCUUGCAGCAGCAGCUCUCCUGCCGUCCUUGGGAUGGAAGGCCAGCACUUCACCGGACGGAGUGGGUAUCCCGACGGUGGUCCGUUUUGAGACCCUAAUCAGUCGACUGCAUGCCCCGCAUCGUGUGCUAGCUCGCUACCAUUGUGCACGCGGGUAUGGAGUACAACACGCACGCGCUUCCAGACGUGCAUGCAGUAGAUUCAUUGCAAAGUGAAGUUUACAUGUGUAAUAAUGGAGCGUAAAUGAGAUCAACUUUUUUUAGGCAAAAUUG